UGACCACUGAGUCAUUAGUAUUAGCCCACAUAAAAAGCAGCUUAUCAUUAGAAUGGACGUGACUUGUUGUAUUGAAUUAAGUGUGUUUUGAAAGUUUUAUGUUCAUUAUUAUUUAAGGACGAUGCCAAGUUACACGGUAAUUUGUUUUCUGCAAGCAGCAAUUUCACCAAUUUUCGGCUUUUUCCAUGAGCCGUCAACGAUUUCCGUGACCAGGCCAGGGUUAAACCAAGAUUCCUUUUUUGGUUUUAGCAUGGCAUAUGACGAAAAAACACUCGUGAUAGGUGCACCGGCAGCCGAUGAAUACGGAAAGGUUUUCAAAGUCAGUCUAUCGAAGGAUGUCGCAUAUGAAGAAAUUAUUUCUCCGCUGAGAAAAGAAAAUUACACGGAAGCUAAAUACGACUGGUUCGGAGCUUCGAUCAAAAAGUACGAGCACCAGAGCUACGUGAUAUGUGCGCCGCGGAAAAUACAUCUUUUCUCGAACCAAUUUAUAAGAAAUAUGACGACUACACGGGGACAAUGUUACAUACGCUCUGAAAAUUGGCUACUAUUGCCAGAUAUUCGACAAGAUGAGCGCAGUAAUUUUAAUUAUCAAAUGGACUCAUUCGGUUGGAGUGUUGACGUUGAUGACAAUCGUGCACUUUGGAUCGCCAGCCCUGCUAUACACAACAAUACCAUAAAGAUCUACGACGAAUCUACCUAUUAUUUAAAAUCAACAAAGUUCCUUGCAUUCGACCCAUCGAAACUGUACAAUUUUGGAUACAGUAUUCUUAGCGGCAACUUUUUGUCAGUUGAAGGAAAUGACCAUGCUGUUAGUAAUUUAUACGGCGAUUACGGGAAAGGAAAGGUGAUCCUAUUUGAAAAUCUAAGUAAAAGGUUGGAACUGUCCGACGAAGAUUCAUCCGUGGGAUCAGCGUACGGGGCCGCAUUGUGUAAAGCUUAUUUUGGGGACGAGCGCGCCUCGCUGUUGGUCGGAGCACCAACAUUGAUGACGGGGCGCACUGACUAUGACAGGGGAGCUGUUUUUAUAUAUGUACCACACAAAUACGAUAAGACUUUAAUCUUUAAGAGGAAAAUAGUAGGCACAAAAGAUGGAGGUCACUUUGGUCACGCCAUAGCUAGUCUAGGGGAUAUGGAUGGCGAUCAGAGAGACGAAGUCGCGAUCAGUGCUCCCUUUGAAGAUGAAGGCAAAGGAGCGGUAUACAUAUACUCCGGUGCUGGUUUGCUGGGUAGCGGCGAGGCUAUACAGAGGAUUUCGAGAGAGUCCAAGGCAUUUGGGUUCAGCCUGCAACCUAUGCCUAAUUACACCAAUAAUGCAUUAAAUGGACUAUCUGUAGGCGCACCACUAGAGAACAUGGUUUACGUGAUUAAACCGAUCCCUUCGAUUACGGUGGAAGUGGAUGUACUAUCAAACCCGCGGAUCAGCCAAGAUGAUCAACCUUAUAUUACCAUUACAACAGCUUUAAUCAUCACGUAUCCAAAUAUGACUGAAAACAUCAGUACAAAGCUCGAUGUCAAACUGCGAAUAGAGCAUCCACAUGCAAAAUUGGAGAACGCAACAAGCGACGGGAUUUUAAAUUACAAGAUACCAUUAGAUGUAACUGUUAAUAAUUUAACACAAACUUUUAGAAUUUUUACACCUAAUGAAGGCAAUUACGGCUCUCCAAUAACAUACGAGUUAGCCGUGGAUUUAUUUGACAAAGAUGACAAGUACGAAGGCCGCGUGAUACGAAGCGAAAGAAGCGUUAUGUCGAAGGGGGACAAACUGUGGGUGUCGAAUUGCCGCGCAGCAGUUUGCGUACCAAAUUUGACUGUGGACAUUAAUACCAAGAUUAAUGACCCGUAUUCAGUGGGUUCGUCUGACAAGGAGUAUUUCUCGCUGACCAUCCAUAACUCAGGAGAGACGGCCUAUACACCUUGCGCUAUUGUGAACGUCCAAGAAGUGCUCUUAUUGCGCGCUCCAUCAGAUUGUAUUAUCGAAAACAAUGGCCUAGUAUGCGCACUCUCACACCCGUUGAGUACUAACAGAGAUUGGAACAUUACCAACAUCGAGUUAGGGAUGGAUACCCUAACUACCAAAAAGAAGGGUAGGAAUAAUAUAACUAUCGUGUACGAAAUCUACAAUGACUGCAACAAUAAAACUGAUAGAAACUCUGCCAACAAGUCUUUUACGUUACGUUACGACAAUGGUGUACACUUAUUCGGAAUUUCUGUACCCAGUGAGCCCGUCGAAAUAACGAGGAGUGAUCUCAAAAACGUCACACGAUUGCAGCACCAUUAUACGAUAGUGAACAAUGGUAAAAUUAACUGGAAGGAUGCAAAAUGCUAUAUUUUGUUACAUACCAGAAACUAUCUUCAAUAUUCACAAAAUAUUACAAUACGAAGAGGUCCCAACACGACCGAAUGUUCCCUGAAUGGAAAAAAAGCAGUAAACGGAUCUUUUACCGUAGCAUGCAGUAUUGGUGAUUUGUACAUAAAUAAUAUUAUAGACGUGUUUAUAGAUGUCGAGGUCUUACCACACUUUUUGGGAAAGGAAAGGGUGUCUAUAUCUUCACAACUAUCACUUACAUUAUUAGACGAGGAGCCAGUAAGUAAAAAUAUUACAACUACGUUGGUCAUCAAUACAAGAUCGGUGCCAGCCUGGGUGAUCAUAAUAUCUGUGUUAUUUGGCAUCUUGAUACUCUUGCUGAUCGUAUUCAUCCUUUAUAAGUGCAACUGUUUCGAGAGAAAGAGCAAGAAAAAGUUGGAAGGAUUAAAAACACAGCCCAUCGACGCAGGCGAGGUAAAUGAUGGCGUAGAUGGCAACGAAAAUGAGCUGCCAGAGGACGUUAAUAUUAUCGUUGCCGUAGAGCCACAUAUAGAGCCUUAUGUUGAGCCCAACGUUGAUCCCAGCGAAGACCACAGCAAUUCUAGAUUAAUAAAUUAAUGACUUGAUAAUGAGGAUGCAGAAUUUUGAAUUUUAAUAAAUUUAACUAACUAUGGUUUUAAUAUUUGGUCGGUUUGAAGAUAGUAAAUUAAA